GCUCUGAGGUUCCAGAGCUCCGUUGCGGAGGAUUUUCCUUCUCCGCCUUUUUCCCCCUGGCGGCAUUUUGGGCGGCGGUGCAACUUCUGGGCGUCCGGCAAGGCUGCUCCUCGACCCCGCUCCGGGCAGUUGGGGCUGCUCCUGCUCUCCCUCGGCCGGCCAGGAGGAAGCAGGUGGCACCAGGAAAAAUGGACAAAGUUCCAGUUUUUUCUGCACUUAGAAAGCCCUGCAACUGAGAAGGCGCCGGAAAUUAUGCUGGGUGGAGAAAUACUUCAAUAGAAGGUCCCCUCAGAGGAACCAGGAGAGACUCUUCAAGUGCUCUGAGUGCGGGAUAUCCUUUGCUUACAAAUCCCUCCUUUUGAUUAACCGGAAGCUGGACAUGGGGAAUGGAUCCCAUCUGUGUUUGAAGUGUGGGAACUCGUUUCAUGGCUGUGAAGCUUUGCCAAGCAUCUCCGGAGCCGCCCCGGACUGAAGCCCUACAAAUGGGGGAAGCAUUUUGCUAAAGGCUGGGACCUCAGAGCUCCUUAGCGUAUCCACCAGGGAAACAGACCUCAGGAAGGCCUCAGUGUUUUUCUAGGCCUCAGAACAGCCCAACUGAAGAGAAACCCUGCAAUUGUGUGCAAUGUGGGCUUUGCUUUUCUCAAAACUCAGAGAUGCUUAAACAUCAACAAAUCCACACUGGACAAAUACCUUAUCAAAGUUUGGAGUGUGGGAAAUCUUUUGUUCGAAAAAGAAGUGUCAAAAUCCACAGGAAAAUUCACAUGGAAAUAAAACCUUAUAAAUGCUUCGAAUGUGGAAAAUGUUUUACUCGGAAUUCAUCGCUUUGCAAACAUAAUAAAACACACACAGAGGAGGAAAGCAGAACGUGCUUAGAAUGUGGGAAAUGUUUUUCCAGCAAAUCAGCCCUGCAGCGACAUCAGACAGUCCACACUGGGGAAAGACCCCAUGAAUGCCCAGAAUGUGAGAAACGAUUUGGGAGUUCUUCCACACUUUGGAGUCACCAAAAAACACACACGAGAGAAAAACUCUACAAAUGUAACGAUUGUGAGAAAUGUUUUUCUCUAAAGGGAAGUCUUUUUCGACAUCAGAUCAUCCACACAGGGGAGAAACCCUAUCAGUGCAUCGAGUGUGGAAAAUUUUUUCGUACGAUAUCAAGCCUCGGACAUCAUGAGAAAAUUCACAGAGGGGAAAAAAAAUUCAAAUGUUUAGACUGUGGGAGAGCAUUUAUUCAUUCAUCUCUCCUUAGACGUCACUGGCAAAUGCAUACAGGAGAGAAGCCCCAUAAAUGCUCGGAGUGUGAUAAAUGUUUUUACCAGAAAAAUAGACUUUUGAUACAUCAGAGAACCCACAGUGGAGAGAAACCAUAUAAAUGUCCAGAGUGUGGGAAGUCUUUUUCUUGCCACGAAUAUCUUAGAAAACACGAGACGAUUCACACAGAAAAAAAACAUAUCAGGUCUGUGCAGAAAAAUAAAAUGUGCUCAGAAUGUGGGAGAUGUUUCUCCCAAAGGUCACACCUAACUCGACAUGAGAGACUUCACACUGGAGACAGGCCCUAUCAAUGCCCAGAAUGCGACAAGCGAUUUGUGGAGUCUGCUGAACUCCGGAGACACCAGAAGGGGCACACAGGAGAGAAGCCCUAUAAAUGUGGGGAGUGUGGGAAAGGUUUUCUCACAGCAACACUGCUUCGGGUUCAUGGGAGAAUCCACACAGGGGAGAAGCCAUACAAAUGUGUGGAGUGUGGGAAAUGCUUUUCCCGAAAACAACACCUUGGACAUCAUCAAAAGGUCCAUAAAAGAAUGAAGCCAUAAAGACUCAUAAAGUGUAGAAAUGUUUUCUUAAGAGGGAGAUAUCAGAAAACUCACAUGGGGAAAGGCCUAACAGGCCCUGAUGGUGGAACAGUUUUUCAUAGUUGUUCAACCCUUAGAAGUCAUGUAAGAGUUCCUAAAGAGGGGUGGGGGAAUUGGAUACUCUUAGAUCAUGAGAGAGCAUUUAUUUUGUCAAUUAUCCCUUAAAAACCAUACUCUAGUCCAUAAAGAUGCAGCAUAAAUGUUU